UGGCACCCCCCACGCCCAGCAUGUCAACGGGGCUCCCGCCUGGCCACCUGGCCGUGUCCAACGGGGGCACCAAGGGCACCUGGGGGCCCCCUGAGUUCUGCAGCGCCGGGCACCACGCCAAGGGCUUCUCCAUCAAGGUGGAGAAGGGGCAGAAACCCACCAAGGACCACGUGGCCCUGACAGGGGUCGGGCUGCUCUGCACCGACAGCAACUUGGUCACCUCAGCCCAGGGCAGGUGGGUGCUGGCAGCUGGGCUUACUGGGAUGCACUAGGAUGGUCUGGGAUGGGAGGUGGUGGAUUCUCUGCUGUCUCAUAUAGGGCUGUGCAUGGGCUGGGGAGGGGGA